GCAGGAGCGUCCCAGCCGCGUUUACUUAAGCAAUGUUUGUAGGUUGAGGCUGGUCCUUCAAGCAUUACCUGCUUGAGGACUUUGCCGCUCUUCAUGGACAGAAACUUGCGCCGUGUUUUGUCACUGUUUAGGCAAGCAGCACAGUAUACAUUUCUGUUCUAAGCAUUUUUCCAGCUGGGUGCUGACAGGCUUGGUAACAUGUCCUGGCUGUCGGCUCUAAUUGGAAGCGCCGCUCUCAGGAUUAUGUCAGAUGUGGUGUUUUCUCCAGAGACUAGGAUGAAAAUGUAUCUUGAAGAAGAAUGAACCUGGUCAGUCGAAGUAUAGAAACAUUAUAGCAGCCAAAUACGAUGGAUAAUCGACGGAAAAAGAAGCUGACAUUCUUCACCAUUGGGUUAAUAUUCCUUCUUAGCGGCGUGGAAUAUGCUGUGAUAUUACCCACAAUAUGGAGGUACUUGCAAACUUUAGAUGCAGCACCUUACUUCCUGGGUUUGGCCCUGUCAGCAUUCAGUCUGAGUGGCCUCCUAUCAGGUCCGCUGUUUGGCCACUUGUCUGACAGAACACGAACCAGCAAGAAGAUCAUCUUGUUUGCCAACCUUUUUGAGAUAGUUGGUAAUUUCAUGUACUUCAUGGGCUACUCCAAGUGGCUCUUGCUGUCAAGCAGAUUGGUAGCAGGCAUUGGCACAGGUGCUGGCUCAUCUAUCUUUGGCUUCCUGACCAGAAGCACUGCUCCAGAGGACCGUGCCACAGUAUUUGCUGCUGUUAUGGCAUGUCGACAAGCCGGCCUUCUGAUUGGUCCAGCAUUUAACAUCUUCCUGAGGCUGUGUGAUUUCCACUUGGGUCCUUUUGUGGUCAAUAAAUACACUGCACCUGGGCUGUUCAUGUGCCUGCUGUGGAUCCUCCUUCAGCUGGCGGUGGUCUUCAUGUACUGGGACCUGCCACCUCUGGAGAGAAGGAGGGCACGGGAGAGUUCAACGAGCAAGAGUGGGGAAGAAGGGAGCGAGCAAGGGCUUACGGAAGAGGGGGAAGAGGACGAUGAUGAGGGAAAGCCACUAAUGAGGUCCCAGGAGCUGGUGGGGUCCUACGGCUCGGUGGUGACGCCCGUUCUUCCGGGAAACAACGUCUCUGUCGCCUCUAAUUCCAUGCUGAAUCAUAUCUCUCCACCUCCCUCUCCUCCACCAUCAGAGACCCAUGAGUCCUCUAGCCCCUUUAAGAAUUUCAGCAUAUCCCGAGAGUUCCUGAGAGAAGAGGUGGUUGUGCUGCUGGCUGCUCAGUUCAUCACCCUCUUCAAUCAGACAGCACUGGAGACCAUGGUGACUCCAUUGACUCAGAAGUACUUUGGCUAUGGGGAGCUGGAGAACAGCGUGAUGUACUGUCUCUGCGGUGUGGAGGUGAUUGCUGGCUUCCUGUUUGUGCGCUGGCUGAGUCGGCGUGUUGCUGAGCGGGUGGUCCUGGCCAUCGGUUUGACCAUCUGUAACAUCUCUGGUGUCUGGUGCCUCAUCUUCCUGGCCAACCCACUAGGUGGUUUUCCAUGGCAGCUGACUGAGUUCAUCAUUGGGGUGUUUCUGCAGGUUUUGGGUUUGCCUUUUGUCGCUGUGGCCCAGGUUUCCCUCUUCUCCAAAGUCACUGCUGAGAAAACCCAAGGUUUCAGUCAGGGAGUGCGUCGCUCAGUGGGAGGUCUAGCUACCAUCCUGGGCCCUCUGUGGGCUGGUGGCCUCACCGAUAACAUGUACAUCAUGAUGGGGGUGAUGAUGGCACUGCUGGCACUGCUAACGAUGAUGCUGGCUUUCUCAUAUGACCGUCUGGUUGAGCCUGCUGCUGAGGAGCAAGCAGACAGCCCAGACAGCUGUGGUUAAUCCAACAGGAAAAGUGGAUAUGGAAGCACACACCUCACCAUCUCCUGAAGGCUUCCUUAAAGCUUCGACUUAUCAGCUUUUGUGCGCAGAAGCAGAUAAAAAGUACUUUUUUGGUGUAAAUAUAUAUUUCCCAUGGAAAUAUAGAAUCCUGAAAGCACCAGAUGUGCAAGCUUUGGCUGAAAAUUGUUUCUGUCCGUUUGUGUUCUGCAGUGUCAACUAGGGGCAUCACAUAUUCUGCUUAACUGUUAAACUGCUGUUAAAUUAAUUAACAUGCCAAAUGGUUGUGGAUUGAGAUGACCUCUGACCUUACGCUGCAGGGGAAUCUGUUGUGUUCUGCUGUGUAGCUUUUAUACUUAUUACCUCAUCUUCUGCAAAACUUAGGCAUUCAAAAUAUUUGUCAGCUGCCUGAAUGGAACUGGCUUGGUAAAAUUGCUGACAGCAAUGUUUUUAACUGUAAAAAGAUUCUUUGGCAGGUAGAGAACCUGGUUUUAUUGUUAUCUAAAGUGAAAUACUCAAUGGUUUGACAGGACUUUUACUUUGUGGAUGCACUGAAAUGAUUUCAACCUUGAUGAAAUAUCAUUUCAAACCACUUCUUUAUUCACAUCCAUUUCAUCUGUAUCUGAAUGAAGGUUUCUCCUUGAACAGACUUAAAUAUUUACCAAAACUCUAUGUCUGAUUUUCUUUGCAAGUUGUAUGUAUUCAUUAAAUUUUUCAGACUGACCUCGGUCAUUGAAGCUGGGUCAAUCUCUGUAGAACUACUAACACUAACAUGGAAGAACGGAAUUAACGUUGGUUUUAACUGUUUGUUAUGACAUGGUGAGGAAAAUACUGUUUCCAAGGUAUUUACAACCUGACAAUAAUAAAAUACUCAGGGAAACAAAUACUUUAAAUCUUUGGUGUGAGAAUGGCCACAUCCUUGGCUACUGGUGUAAAGGCUGUUAAAUGAUACAAUAAGUUUCCCACUUUGAAAAAAGCCAAGCAAUGCAAAUCUACUGUAUGAUACUUUGAUGGUUAUGCAGUACCUAUUUUCAACACUGGUGGGUGCACUUGGUCUGUUAGUGUCCUCAGUAUGUGUCCUCCAUUGCUGAUGAGUCUGAUGUGUUGAUAUGUGAACCACAUCAGCCAGAAAAUCAAAAGUGCAGUGUUGCAAAAAAACACAUUUAGGAAAAAAACAUAUUUACUGGUAACUCUGUUUCACAAAAAUGGUCUUGUAGUUGUUUUUAGGUGAUAAUACAGACAACACUACAUCUAUCAGUCUGAGAACAGUUUUAUUUUAUUUUAUUUUUUUUGGUCCAAAAGCUUUAGAUGUCUGUUUUUUGUACAUCUUGAUAAUUUGUUCAAGUUUUAUACUCACAAACACCAAAAUAUGUUAUGAACUGGGAGUAUUUAUUUGUUUAUUUAUUAUGUAUUUAUUUAUUAGAUCUUUUGUGGGCACCUAACAUGUACAUUAACUUUUUUUGUACUCUUUGUCUCUAUACUAAAAGAUAAACUCUCACCAUACUUCA